AUAACAGUUCAGCAGGUUGUCUCUUACUGGGCGGUGGUAUCAGUUAAGUGAUCUUGUUUUCUCAAGUGGGGAAAACACAGCGUUAAUAACAGCUUUAUGUAACGGUAGCUUUGUAAAUAUCAACAGCCGUAGUUGCAAUUAAGAGCAGAAACACACUAUUAGCUACAAUAGCUAUUACUAGCUAUCUUUGAUCAAACUGAAUCCACGCGAUUGAUGUUGGUCAUCUUUUGAUAUCGUCGUUAUCACGCUCCAUUUCAGAGAGGGGAUACAAUGGCGAAGCGGAGAAUCACACAGGAAACCUUCGAUGCUGCUGUCAGGGAAAACAUGGAGGAGUUUGAGAUGGACCCUGAUGAAGCUUUGAGGGAGGCUGUGGAGCAGUUUGAGUCUCAAGGUGUGGACCUCAGCUGUAUAGUAAAAGCUGUACCAGCUGCAUCAUCCAAUGAAAAACAAGAAGAACAAACACAUGAGGUCUUACAGGCUUUGGAUUCCCUCCGCAUUGGAAAAGACUCUGCCAGUGUUAUGGAAGUGACGGCAGACAUGAAAAGCUUCACUGAGCAUUGCUCGCUUGGAUUUGCCCAGAGGUACCUGGCUGCCCAAAAAGACGCCUACCCCGUCAUCCUCGCUUACUGCAAAAAGAGCAUGGAGGAGCAGGAAGCUGUGUUUACCGCCGUGUCUGCCCUGGCUGCUCUUACGGAUGGACAACCAGAUUUGUUGGAUGCAGAAGGCCAGCAGUUCCUUUUAAAUGUCCUUAAGAAGUACAAGGCAGAUCCCUCUGUGACAUGUGUAGCCAUCUGCGCUGUCCGUCGCUGCUGUUUGAAACAUGAACAGAACAGGCAGGAUUUGGUAAAAGGUGGCAUCCUGCCUCUGCUGACUGGUGCCAUGACACAGCACAGUGCACGUGCUGAGCUGGUGAAGGAGGCCUCUGCAGCUCUCAGGUUCAUGACCUUUGAUGAUGAUGUCCGAGUUACGUUUGGGCAUGCUCAUGAACACGCCAAGAUGAUUGUUCUUGAGCAAAAUGGACUGAAGGUUUUAGUUGAGGCUGCGAAAGCUCACCUUGAUAAUACUUCUGUUCUGAGUGAGCUGUGUGCAACUUUGUCCCGUCUGGCUGUAAGGAAUGAGUUUUGUCAAGACAUCUGUGAUCUGGGAGGAUUGAAACUCAUCAUGACGCUGCUAGCGGACAGUUAUGAGUCACCGGAGUUGGUUCGGCAGGUCCUCAGUGCAAUACGAGCCAUAGCAGGAAAUGAUGACGUGAAGGAUGCAGUUGUUAAUGCAGGUGGAGUCCAGCUCAUUGUCAUCGCUAUGAACAGACACAUGAGCAACUGUGCUGUGUGUGAGCAGGGCUGUGCAUGCCUCUCUGUUCUCGCUUUACGUAAACCCAACAACUGCAAAGUCAUCAUGGAAAAUGGAGGUGCCUUGGCUGCGGUGCAGGCUAUGAAGACACAUGCUAAUGCUGUCAAUGUGCAGAAACAGGCGUGUAUGCUGAUGAGAAACCUGGUUUCACGUAUGAGUAACUUAAGCCAACCAAUCCUGGAGUUGGGAGCCGAGGCCUUGAUAACCCAGGCACUGCAGACCCACCAAGACUGUGGUGACGUGGGUAAAGCAGCCCUCAGAGAUCUGGGAUGCAAAGUGGAGCUCCGAGAGCUGUGGACUGGCAAACAUGGCAGCCUCACACACUGAAAGCAUCACUGUGCACACUUAACACGAGUUUGCCUGAAAUGCAACUUUAAGCUAGAUGAAAUGUUACAGUAUGAUGGUAUACAUAGCCAAGCAGAUGGAUGCACCUACCCAUCAAAACAUAUAUGUUAAAAUUCCAUUCCCACACAAUGCCUUUGAAAGGUUUAAUAUGUUUUCCACUCCUUUUUUUCUGUUUAUUAAACAGAAACAUUGUAGUCAUGUUGUACAUGUUUUGUUUGCUUUUAAUAUUUUGGAAAUUGUUCUGAUGCCCAAUUUUAUAUCGGUAUCACAUUUAUGUUAAUGAGAUUAAGCAUUGAAGAAAGAAAGGAAACUGGACUUUAAUUUGUUUGUUUUGUGCCCAGGAUAAAUAUAAUUAAUUGUAUUUGCUGCAAUGCAAAUAGUUUAAAGGGGAACUUUGCCCAUUUUAAAAAUUUAUACAUGAUUUCUACAGUCUAAGAAUAUUUGUAAAAAUUAACAAGUCUCUACCAAAUCCACUAGAGUGCUAAAACUCACAUUUCACUUCAGGGGUCUCCAUCCAAAAAUAUUUUGAUUAUUGGUAACAUUAAGACCAGAAUCCUAAAGUUGAGGAGGUAACCCUGAAGGAAGGGAAACUCCUCUUCUCACUCUUACUCCGAUUGCCCUUAAUUUGGUAGUGAAUUAAAUAAUAAUAAUAAUAAUAAUAAUAAACAACAACUUGCCCCCUUUUUGGGUAUGGAAAUCCCUCAUGGUACCCCGGAGUCCUUGGUCCUGGUCCUUGGGGAAUGUUCUGAGUAUAAAGGUAAAUUUCCACAAAAUCCAUCUAGACGAUAGCAGCAUUUUUGAUGUUUUCUCUAGUUUGAGACUUAUCUGGUUUCUGGCUUUGAGAGAGAGUUGGUAAUGUUCACAAAUAUUGAUUGGAUUUUAAUAGGCCAUGGAAAUAACCUAUUUGAGUUCAGCUGGUGUAUCCCUUUAACUGCACUGUUUCGUGCAGAUUCCUUUUUCCGUGUUGGCAGAGCCAGAUUUUAACAUGUAUUGAAUGCCUUAUACUCUUACUAUGUAUAAUGUAUGUCUAUUUCCUUUUUUAUGAUUUUCUUUAGUCAGUGUGUGCAUUAAUGUAGUGCAAAACCAAAAUUCCUGAAACUAAGACCUACCACAUUAUGCAUGAUUAUGAUAAAAUUCACCUUCACCUUUA